AUGGCACCAUCUCGCCGAAUGCAAAAGCAGGGUCCUCCACCCGUGCUUGAUGAGUCGAAAGUAUCGAAAUUGAAGAAGCACGACCCAAUUGCGGAGGAGAAUGUGCGAGGAAAGAAAAGGAAAGCUUCAGGGGAAAUCAAAGAGCCAAUUUGGAAACCAAAGACAUCGAAUGGUACAAAAAAGACAGACAGGAAGCAGAAAACAGAACCUGCAGUUACCACCACCGAAUUCGCGCGAGGCAUCAAAAAAGCAUCGCCCCACAAGAUACCCACGAAGGAAUCGAUAGCGUCCGAUGAAGAUGCUACUGAAUUACUUGGGGGUGACGAUGAGAUCGACGAGGAUUUGCUUGUAGACUCGGACGAUGCCGAUGACGCACAGGAAGAGGAUUUGCAAGACGAUUUCAUGGCGUCAGGAUCAUCAGUCUACGAUUCAGAUCUUGAAAACGACAAGGCGCAAUUUUCGGAAGACGACUCGAACGCAGAAGAAAACCUAACAGCGGCGAAUAUAGAGGGGUUGUCAAGACGGUUAGGCAAGAAACAAGAACACGAUGCACAGAUAGCGCAGCUGGAGCUUGAGGAAGCGACUUUGCAGACCAAUAUCGAUGGCGACCGGCCUCAAGUUCUGGAUGGAGACUCAGAUAUCGAAACUCCAAGUGCAAGAUUGGCUCCGGAUUUGCAAUUACUAAGGACGCGCAUGACAGACACAGUGCGAGUCCUUGGUGAUUUUGCCAAAUUGGCUGAGCCAGGCCGAUCUCGAGCGGAGUAUACAUCGCAACUCGUGAAAGAUAUCUGCUUAUAUUACGGCUACUCGGAAUAUCUAGCCGAGAAGCUGUUCCAACUCUUCACGCCGCAAGAGGCUUUCGCUUUCUUCGAGGCUAAUGAGACCGCACGACCAGUAGUCAUACGCACCAACACCCUCAAAUCCCACAGGAGAGAAUUGGCGCAAUCGCUGAUCAAUCGCGGUGUGACUCUUGAACCAAUUGGCAAAUGGUCGAAAGUCGGUCUCCAGAUAUUUGAAAGCCAAGUCCCACUGGGUGCAACUCCUGAGUAUUUAGCGGGCCACUACAUCCUUCAAGCAGCAUCCUCAUUCCUGCCGGUCAUGGCGCUAGCACCUCAGGAAGAUGAGCGUAUCCUUGAUAUGACGGCUGCGCCUGGCGGGAAGACGACUUAUAUGGCUGCACUGAUGAAGAAUACAGGUAGUAUUUUCGCCAAUGACGCCAACAAGACGCGAGCCAAAGGUUUGAUAGGCAAUGUGCACCGUCUUGGGGUGAAGAAUACCAUCAUCUGUAACCACGAUGCUCGGGAAUUUCCCAAGGUGAUGGGUGGCUUUGACCGCGUUCUGCUUGAUGCACCUUGUUCAGGCACAGGGGUCAUUGCCAAGGACGCAAGUGUCAAGACGAACAAGACGGAGAAAGAUUUCAUGCUGCUGCCGCACAUGCAGAAACAGCUUCUGCUCGCAGCCAUUGACUCAGUCGACCACGCCAGCAAGACAGGCGGCUACAUCGUGUACUCGACUUGCAGUGUGACGAUUGAGGAGAACGAACAAGUAGUUCAAUAUGCAUUGAACAAGCGGCCGAAUAUCAGACUUGUCGAGACUGGGUUGCCCUUUGGAGUGGACGGUUUUGUGAGCUAUCAAGGCAAGCAAUUUGACUCGAGGAUGAAGAUGACGAAGAGGUACUAUCCGCAUAAGUACAAUGUGGAUGGGUUCUUUGUCAGUAAAUUCCAGAAAACUGGAGCAAGUCUACCGGGAGCUACGGCAAACGGAGCGGGUCAGCUAAAUGGGAAACAUGGCGAGUCCAAGAUAGUCGAAGAUGAUAAGAGGCCGAUUCCGGAGAAGGAGGAAGAUGCACUUGGCGAAAAUGAUUUUGGAGGAUGGGAUGAGGAGGAAGACGAGGCAUACGUGGAACGUGCGAAGAGGAAGAAGUUGAAGAGGAAAGGAGUUGACCCCAAGGCAGUUGGUGGAAAAAGAGGUAUCAAUGGCCAUGCGGGAAGCACUGUCAAUGGCGGUAGUUGA